AUGGAGAUAUUUCAAAAGACCCUUUUUUCUCUUGUUUUUCCUCAGCAUUCCCUGUUUUCAGCAUUUUCCAAAUUUGGGCUGCUCUACUCUGCGCGAGCACGCAGAAAUGCUGCUGUGGCAGGGCCUGGGUAUUACGCCAUCAUCAAGUUUUAUUCAGCUGGAGAUGCCAGCAGAGCCCAGCGCAUGUGCAAUGGGCAAAGGCUGUUUCAGAAAUCUCCCUUGAAGGUUUGUGUUUGCACCAAGCAGAAAGGGUUUCAGCAACAAGUCCUUGCUCUCAACAGCAGCAAGUGCCAGGAGCUGGCCAACCACUACCUUGGCUUUAACGGCUGGUCCAGUCGCAUCAUCACACUGCAGAAUGUAUCUGGCUUUGAUGGUGAGAAUGAGGAACUGGGAAAGACAUUACAGAAGCGAUCUGUGAAAUACUUGUGUGCUGUAGAGGUGACGCUGCCCAACCAUGGGGUAUGUACCAGGGGAGUUGCCCUUGGUGAAGCAGAUGUAGAAAAUGGUGAAGAUCCUCUUGAGUUUGUCACAGCCACAAGAAGAGUUCAGAAACUUGCAGUCGGGAAAGCUUUGUCUAGUGCCUUUCAGAAGAUACUUCUCAUAGUCUUGGAGAAUGGGAAAGUGGUCGUGGAGUACAAUUCCUCCCAAGAGAAGCCCACAGACUUCCUAACAGAAGAGGAACUGAAGGGGCUUGUUCAGGUCAAUGAAUUGUCCUUGGAACAGUUUGACCUCAAAGAAGAAGAAGUUUUGUCUGAUCUCAGUUUUGAUGAUGAGCUCCCUAGCUGGGAGAUGCCAUCUGAUUAG